AACAGAGUCUGUUGAAACUUAUGUUAUAAAGUUACUCUGUGUCGUGACAGAUCGUUGUAGCAUCUCAACUCAAGUGGCAAAAGUUGUUGCACAAAAUAAACAUGCAUAAACAUCAGAAGGAAUGUUGAAAGAUACAGUACAGCUUACUGAAAUGAAUCAUGUCUCAUGCAACUGAUCAGUCAGGGUUAAUGUCUCUCUCCUCAGCUCUGAGCUCCAGUGUGAACUCCCAUCUGUUUUACUUUAUUUCUGAGAAAAUGAACUGGUCCGAUGUGCAAACGUACUGCAGACAGAAUCACAUUGAUCUCACCACCGUGGAUGACCAGGAGGACCUGAUUUCACUGGUAGAAAACGUAACCAAGGGUUUUAAUGAAUACAUCUGGAUUGGACUCUAUCGGAUUACAGGGACUUCUCCCUGGAUUUGGUCUGAUCAGAGCAAUUCCGCAUUCAGAUUGUGGAUUAGAGGACAGCCGAACAAUUCUGGUGGCAAUCAGAUGUGUGUUCAAACAACCUCUGCUGGAGAGUGGAACGACUGGUGGUGUGUGGAAAAAUUAGCAUUCAUCUGCUACACUGAGAAGAAGAGGCAGAUAGUGAGAUUGGAGAUAUUGCAGAUACUGACAGAGAAGAGACUCACAGAAGAUGCAAAACUGUCGUGGAAAAUGAUUUCUGGGGAAAAUGUCUUUCAGAGAAUGUGGUGGCUUUCCAAUUCUGGAUUCUUGAAACAAAAGGAUCGAAAUGAUGGAUUGAGAUUUAAGAGUCUCAAUAAGAGUCUUAAGUCUUAUUUACUUAAACCAAUUUGAAUUUGUCCACUAUAUACACUAUAUAUUGCCAAAAGUAUUGGGACCCCUCCAGAUCAUUGAAUUCAGGUGUUCCAAUCACUUCCAUGGCCACAGGUGUGUAAAUCAAACACCUAGGCAUGCAGACUGCUUCGACAAACUUUUGUGAAAGAACGGGUGGCUCUCAGGAGCUCAGUGAAUUCAAGCGUGAUAGCGUAGUCAAUAGCUACAGACCUCCAAACUUAGUGUGGCCUUCAGAUUAGCUCAAGAA